UUUCUAAAAUCGGACGUGCACACAGUGCCGUAACUUGCAUUUUAGUUUAGGUUAUUAUGCCGUUUUACACUUACCGAGCAAACAUCCUUCAAGAGGAUGCUUUCUUAGAUGCAGAAUUCUGACGAAAGCGCUGUUUCUAAUGAAGACUGUAGGAUUCCUUGAUUUCUCAUUUUUACCGUAGUCCCCGAACGCACCCGAAGAAGAGACGGCGACUUAUUAGUUAGCUGGAUAGCGACUACACAAAGAUGCAAUUAGCUCUAAGUAAAACGUUUGGCCAGAAGCCAGUAAAAUUUCAGUUGGAACAAGAUGGGGACUUUUACAUGGUGGGGUCGGAGGUUGGAAACUAUCUGCGGAUGUUUAGAGGAUCUCUCUAUAAAAGAUAUCCAUCUUUAUGGAGGAGGCUUGCUUCUGUGGAGGAGAGGAAGAAAAUUGUAGCGUCGUCUCAUGCCACCAGUGUUACUCUACUGAAGGCGUCAGAGUGUGAAGAGAUCUUUGAGGGUAAUGAUGAGAAAUACAAAGCGGUGUCUAUCAGCACUGAGCCCCCAGCAUACCUCAGGGAGCAAAAAGCAAAGAGGAGCAGUCAGUGGGUCCCCACCCUACCCAACAGCUCUCACCAUCUAGAUGCUGUACCUUGCUCCACCACCAUCAACCGCAACCGCAUGGGCCGUGACAAGAAGAGGACCUUCCCCCUGUGUUUUGAUGACCACGAUCCUGCAGUGAUCCAUGAAAACGCGGCUCAGAUAGAGGCACUGGUUCCUAUUCGUCUAGACAUGGAGAUAGACGGACAGAAACUGCGAGAUGCCUUCACAUGGAACAUGAAUGAGAAGUUGAUGACCCCUGAGAUGUUUGCUGAGAUCCUGUGUGAUGACCUAGACUUGAAUCCUCUGGCCUUUGUCCCAGCCAUUGCCUCAGCUAUUCGUCAGCAAAUUGAGUCCUACCCCACUGACAGCAUACUAGAAGAACAGGCGGACCAGAGAGUCAUCAUCAAGCUGAACAUCCACGUGGGAAACAUCUCUCUGGUGGACCAGUUUGAGUGGGACAUGUCGGAGAGGGAGAAUUCCCCAGAGUCAUUUGCACUGAAGCUGUGCUCUGAGCUGGGUCUCGGCGGAGAGUUUGUCACCACUAUUGCCUACAGCAUUCGUGGUCAGCUCAGUUGGCACCAGAGAACCUACGCCUUCAGUGAGAAUCCGCUGCCUACAGUAGAGAUUGCCAUCCGCAACACUGGCGAUGCAGACCAGUGGUGUCCCCUGCUUGAGACCCUUACAGAUGCUGAAAUGGAGAAGAAGAUCCGAGACCAAGACAGGAACACAAGGCGAAUGAGACGACUUGCCAACACCGCCCCCUCCUGGUAGAAGAUGAAAAGACAUGAAGCUGCAUUAAAACUACGUGAUAUCUGGAGACUGCUGUUACUCUGACACGAUCCAGUACAUACAAACAGUGUUACACUCACACACCGGUCACCUUUAAAGCAUUGAAGAAACAUCUGGACAACACGAGCACAGACAGGUAGUCUUUCUCCAUGGGCAUUCUGUCAUCAGUUUGUUUCAGUGUGCCUCAUUCUCAUCAGUCAGCAGCUCACAUCUAUCUAGGUAUCGUUUAUCACUAAGGAAUCUGAUCCAUUGUCUGUUACAUACAUAUUCCAUGCUCCCAGUCUUGUUUGGUUAAAAGACGUGGUAUUGAAUCUCUGUAUAAAUGGUUAGAGAAAUGACACAUCUGUAGCAAUGCUCUGUCAUGUUCUCUGUCUACCAAUUUAAAAGAAAUGGCACAGUUACCAGACUAAUUUAGUUAUAAUCCCAACUAUCAUCAGUCAUUGCUUUAUGCAGCAGAGCAAAUAGUCACAUCAGUAUUGGAAAAAAAACACAGGCAUGAAUGCAGCCAAUAUUAAUGACGACUUGGUUGCAAGGUUUGAUUCCAACUUAGAACGAGCUACAAAAUUCAGAAGUAAUCAUUAAGUAUUCCUAGACAUAUUUCACUUGUGACUUGGAAUACUUUCAAAUAAGUACUAGUAUCACUCUGUAAUAAUCCUAAAAAACAAGAAAAUGUGCUAAAUUUAGAAGUAACUCAGUAGAGAUGCUCCAUAUGGCUGUUAUUCUCUUAUACUGUAUGUUCUAUCAUUUGAUUGCUGUUACUCAUGCAUUCAUGCAUUAUUUUGCUGCUGUUGAUAGAGCUCAUUUUGAACUUUUACUGUAGAGAGGGCCUGUCAAGAGUCCAGAGUGAUACCUUCACUUGUUUUACCUAGCUGAUAGUACAAACCUCAAAAUUAUUUAAAAUAAAUUCAAAUGUUUUAAAUAAUUGGCACCAAUCUUCACAUUUUUGAAGCCAAGUAAUGUUUCUGCAUGAAUAAUAAUUAUUAUCUUAGUAUAGUUGCCAAGUAAAGUGAAAUGUGCAUGUGACUUGUUUUGACUGUGCCUCUCGUAGAGUAUGAAUCACCGAUCAGAUUGUUAAGAACCAAAAUUGAGAAGUAUUGUAAAUAAGACAUUUGACAGUAGUGAUUUACUGCAUACUAAAGAUGUUGGGAUUGGUGUUUUGUUAGUUGAUACCAGUACACCGUAAUUCCAUCAUCUAUCAGCCCAAAAAUAUUAAAUUACUUCAAUAAUGCUGCACACAGCAAGUGCUAACAUGUGUACACAUAUUUUUCGCAGAAUGUAGUGAUGGCGUAGCUACUAAACUUACAAAUGGAGCUGUUACAAUUCACAAAAAAUACCAAUAAUGUUUUGCGAUAUGAAAGUCCUGUUGAAAAAAGUUAACAAUUAAAAAUGCCCACCUUGAAUUCUGUGUCCACAUCAUAAUGUCUGUUUUUAAGCUAUUUUGAGAAGUGUGAGGUGUUUCCCUUCACUGAUCCGUUGCUGCAGCUGCAUUUGCUGUUGCCCUUCUACAUGCUGUUAUUGUCCAGUAUUUCAAAUACCUACAAAAUCAGUAAUACUCAACACUGAGAAACAAGUAGUACUUUGGUAUCUACUUGGUAGCAUUGUAUCUGUUCUCAUCACAUUCCUAAUACAUCAUACCAUGUAACGAGGCAGCUCUGCCUCUAUUGAUCAGAGGAAAUGAAAAAAAUAUUAUGAGGGAACAAAGUCCAUGUUCUUUUGAGGCUCCAGACCAUGGGCUGAAGUUGAAGUGAUUAUUUGUUCACUACUAUUGGAGAUUUUAUUGACAAAAAAUUGGACUUGCGUAUCAGACCAUUGUCUGUAAACAAGAUCCCAGAAAUUGGAGGCUGAAGACUGUAUGCGAGGGUUUGAUUCUUAAUGGCUUGUGACUGAAUGACUUGCCGUCCCUGGUCUUCACUCGUCAUAUGUGGCUCCAACUUGUUGCAGCCAUGUAGAGAGUUGCUUGGAUUGUAGCGUGUAGACUCUUUGUUCUGAUCUUAGUUACCCAUUCUAAUCAGUUAUGUAUGCCAGUGUCCAUCGGCAUGCUGAAGUGUAGUUAACUCAUACUGCACCCGUUGCAUGAGGGAGUAAUCGCUCUCCCAGUUACUUCUGUUUGCGUUGUGCCUCAUGUUGUAUGAGUGUCCAAACACUGCAGCCUUAUUGGCGAGUAGAGAGACAAAACAAGCUGAACGAAAUGUGUCAUUUGAAAUGAUGAUUUUCAACUUGAACGUGUUGGUUAUUGUUCUCUUCUUUUGUAAAAUUACUUUACCUUUAUAGUGGACUUGUUUUUUAUAUGAAAAUAACAAUAAAGAAAACCUGUUGGGAA